UUUUGUUCACCUUGUCAGGUGCUUUAUGGUUCAGGCUAGACUUGACUUGACUGACAUUAUGAUUAUGAUUCAUUCUGAGUUACUCUAUUCAAAGACUAAACGGUUAACUUCUGAGAUAAAAGAUUGUGCAUACAUACCACAUACUGUAAACACAUACUGUAUCUAGGUAACAUCAAAUAUGCAGCCAAUAAGCAAUGCUGAAUCCAUGGGCUGAGCAACUUAUACAUUUUUUUUUUUUUUUUUUUAAAGUGAGGAAGAUCAGGCACUUCUAGUUUCCCAUAUGCGAAUGAUUCAGUCAGACUGAGAGACUUUAAACAACAAGAACAAACUUUAAGAGACAUAAUGGCAUCUUCAUAUAAAGAUCCAAGGAUUCACAGAAAAACUGCAGCUGGAAAGAUUGCAUCAGGAAACAUCAUACUGAAAGAAAAAGUGUUUGAAGCACACCUAUCUUUUGAAUCUGUGACUGAGAAAUGCAAGCAAUAUCAGCAGAAGGUAGAGAGUAGAAAAAUCUCAGUGAUCGACACUCUAGGACUGUUUGAUACAUCAAUCAGUGAAGAACAACUGAAGGAGGAAAUAGUGACGUGUGUUGAGAUGUCUGUUCCUGGUCCUCAUGUGCUCCUGACAACGGAUGAGCAGAUUAAUGAGGCAGGUAAAGGUAACUAUCACGUUUUCAGUAACACAGAUGUUGAAAAUCGAUCACAGGUCACUGAACUACUAGAGAAGACUGACAAAAUGGAAAACAGAGGAGAGCAUUACACAAAUGUUACACAGAUUUACAAGGAAGCUCAGGAAAGGAGUUUGGAAAAGGAGGAAAAACCGGGAGAGGAAGAACCACUGAGUUUGACUCAGAAAGCAGCAUUUGUGGGAGCAGCUGUGUUAGGAGGAGCUAUUGGAGUAGCAGGAGCAGUUGUUGGAGGAGCAGCAUAUGGAGCAGUUGGUUUAGUAGCAGCACCUGUAGCUUUAAUUGCUGCAGGAGUUUCUCUCAUGGCAGAGGGAGGUGCAAUAACUAUCACACAUGCAUUGAAAGUUUGGAAGGAGCAGAAGAGAACUAAAGAAAACACUAUAUAAUUGGUUACAAAUUCUGCAAGAACUAAUUACCCAAGGGCACUUCACAGAGUUAAGGAUGGGAGGAUCUAAGCAGGAUGUGAUAAACAAGAAUUCAAGCAUGAUGUAAAUCAGGGUUCUGCAAAUCUUACCCUGGAGGGCCAAUGCACUGCAGAGUUUAGCUCCAACCCUGAUCAAACUCACCUACCUGUGAUUUUCUAAUGAUCCUGAAGACAUUUGCUGCAUUCCAGGCAACCCGUAAUCUGUUUUUCCAACCUUCUACACGUGAAAGUGUACCAGAACGGCAGUCAAACCCGUGACUACCCACCCGUGAAUUCAUACAAGAUCAAUGUACUCCCAGUUCCGAGCUCUGACGUCACAUAGCCCGCGAAACAACUAUGGCAGCCCCUACGGAAAAUAUUGCCUACGGAUGCGGUGUUUAUGCAAGUGGUACAUGGUUAGAAAUAGACUUUAAGAAAAUAUAACUUUGCAAUAAAUUUAAUAAUCUACCUACAAUUGAGCUCAGGCAGUUUGGCAUGACUUGCCUGGAACGCUACAAAGUUGUGACUUACAGGCUCAAAAACCUGCCUGGAACGCAGCAUUGAUUAGCAUGCUCAGGUGUGUUUGAUUAGGAAUAGAGCUAAACUCUGCAGGAAAGAGGAUCUUGUGGGCCAGAUUUGAGGAUCCCUGAUGUAAAUACUGUGUAAAAUACAAGUAAUACAAUGUAAAAUAUGAAUGAAGUUAAACAAACUGUGUAAGUGCUCUGAUACUCAUUUCAAAACUAAUACUUCAUGGCUAUCUGCUAUUAGUUCUGUACUAUUACUGACUGUUGGUGACAAUGUUAUGUAAUCAGGUUUUUGAAAUCCAGUUAUUGAUCUCAUUGUCUGAUAGUUAGCAUCUUUCUGUACAACAAUGGCUUUUGGUUGUUUAUUAUUCAAACGUGUGAAUCAGUUAAUAAAAUAACUUAAACAAC